AUGUCUAACGAUACGAAGCCGAAAAGUACUCAAACCCUCGAAGAAUGGAAAGAAUUCGCAAUUAAACAACAAAAAGAAUUUGCAAGCUCUUUAAGUGAUCAAUACUGGGAUAGAUAUUGCUUUGAAAUUACUGAAAAUGAUCUGAAAGAACAUGAAAAAUCUAAUUGGUUCACACGAAAGUUUGUUCAAAAGCAAAAAAAUUAUGAAGUUCAUCAAGACAUAGAAGAUGAAAUGCAACGCAAGAUGCUCUUUCGUAAGAUUUCCCAUGCAAUUUAUGGUCUACCGAAAGAAGAUUCCAAAGUUUGUGAUUUAAACGAGAAGCAACAAGAGCUCGUUCAUGACAUUAUGAAAAAAUGCAUGAAACACAGUGUUUCACGAGAAUAUGUAGAUUUUGCCUGUAUAAAUGUCUCAGUUUUUUUCAAGGAAAGGCUUAAAAUUAAAGUUCCAUUAUUCAGAGUGCGAAGCAUUGAGGAAGAAAGUAAAAACAAAAUAAAGGAUUGCAAGUUUAUCGAUCAUAAAGGACGAGUUUACGACUCGUUUGAUAAUUAUAAAAAGGACAAUAUACAUAAUAAAUGGGACAAAGCCUACUUAUGCUUUCCAAAAGAUGGAUAUUAUACUGAAAAGCAAGAAUUUGUUUUUCAUGACACUGAAAAACCGAAAAGAACGCUUGAAGAAUGGAAAAAGUUGGCAGUUGAACAACAAACUGUAUUUGCAAACUCAUUAAGCGAUCGUAAUUGGGAUCGAUUUCGUUUUGAAAUUACGGAAAAUGAUUUAAAAGAACCAGAAAAGCCCAACUGGCUUAUUCAAAAGAUUAAUGAAUAUCAAAAUAAUAAGAAUAACGGAACUCUUGACAUUUACCGAGGACCAAUUGUUAAUCUAAACUUCACGGAAAUUGAAUCGCCUCGCAAUAAGCUCUUUCAAAAAAUUUCCUAUGCAAUUUAUGGUGCACCAAAAGACGAAUCAGCUACUUGUGGUUUGAAUGAGAAAGAACAAGAGCUCGUUAAUGAAAUCAUGAUAAAGUGUAUGAAGCACAGUGUUUCACGAGAAUAUGUAGACUUCGCUUGUAUAUUUGUGUCAAUUUUUUUGACAGAAGAAACUCAAAUUGUGGUUCCAUUGUUCAGAGUGCGGAGCAUUGAGGAAGAAAGUAAAGACAAAAUAAAGGAUUGCAAGUUCAUUGAUCAUUAUGGACGAGUUUAUGAUUCGUUUGAUAUUUAUAAAGAGGAUAAUACGUGGGAUAAAGCUUACUUGUGCUUUCCAAAAGAUGGAUAUUAUACUGAAAAGCAAGAAUUUGUGUUUCACGAUCAACAAACGAGAGGAAGUUUUAAUGCAUUUAUCGAAAAAGCAUCAAUUGUAACUGGCGUUGGAGCGACAGUUGGAACAGUAGGUGGCUUGGUAAUGACACUUUUUCCGGCAACAGCUCCAAUUGCAGCAACGGUAAUGACAUGUUCAGCGUUUGUAGGAGCUCCUGGAGCGAUUUUUGGAACAGGAAAGAGCAUUGCCACAUUAGUUGAUCGCGUGAAACAUGAGAAAAGUAUAAAUUUCAGUGAUUCAGAAGCGCGAUCAUGUUGGUUGAUGACAGCAACGAGCGCAAUAUCAGUUGGAACUUUAGCCUCUACUCGAAUUUUAGUAGCUGCUUCAAGAGGAGGCAAUUUAGUAUCUGGUUGGGCUAGAGCUGGCGUUACGGGACUAAUGGGCGCUAAUGUUACUUUAUCUGGCGCUAAUUUCCUCAAUAUGACAUACAAUUUGUAUGAAAAGAACGAAGCAGGCGAAGAAAUAACUCGACUAGAGAUCUUCCAAUUAACUACAUCUUUCUUCUUUUUCACGCAUAGUGCGGUCAAUUUCAAAACGGCAAACUCAAUUGUAAAAGAUAUUCAUGGGCAAGAAGCUGAAUCUUUACGAAUGUCUAUCAAUAAAAAGAGCCAAAAGUACUUUGAUGAAAUGCAAAAGGCUUACAAAGAAACUGUUAAACCUGGAAAAUUCAGCGAGUUGGAAGGACAGGCUCAAUUCGUUCGUGAAAUGAUAAAGAUUGACGAUCUCAAAGGUUUUUACAAACAAAUCCAAAUGACACCCGAUAGGCAAUUCCGCAUUAACAAAGAAUACACGAUGAGUGCUCGUAAGUUUGUUACAUUAACAAAUGAACAACGAAGCAAUAUCAUGACAAAUUCCCAACAACUCAACAGUGGUAAAAUAUCGUUAGAACAGUUCAUUCAAAAUACCCAAAACAUACGAAAAGAAGUUCGCAUCAGAUCAGACAGGGAAACAAUGGAAGCUGCUACAAACCUAAAGGAAAAAUAUGGAAUCGAUGUGAAAAAGUUUAAAAUCAACGGAAAGAAUCACAAACUAAGUCCAGCAGAAAUUCACGAGCUACAUAAUCUUUAUAAGAAUGUAGAUGUCGAAACGAUAUCUUAUGCCAAAGAAUUCGCUGACAAUAAUGCCAACACCCCAAACGAAUACAAUAACGCUGUAAAAUAUGCCAUUCGAAACAUUGAAAGUAAAGUCGAUCAACUUGAAAAUCAAUCAAAACAAAAGGCAACACAAGAAAUUGUUAAAAACCUUCGUGAAACGAAUGAACUUGAUAGUGCAUUUAAAAGUUCUUGCAAAGAAUACGAAUCCAAUAGCUCCAAGGUUAAAUUUUGCAAUUCAAAAUCUGCAGCAAAUCAUUUUGACAAACAUGGUCAAAAAUUCGGAAACGAUCCUGAAGCUAUGAAAGCUUAUAAUGAAACCGCGGCGAAAUUGAUGAAAAGUAAUCCAACUGACGAGGUUUGGACCCCUGAUGGAGAAGGAGUAAAAAAAACCUAUCAAGUCGAUGGAGAAAAAUGUGUUACAUUUACUGAAAUGAAAAAUGGAAAAUUAGGCGAGGAAGUUGUAUUAACAUUAUACAAGAAAAAUGUUCCAAACUCUUCAACAAACACUCAAUCGAGUUAUUUUGACGUAUUUACAAAUCCCAACAACUAUUUUCCAAUUUUUGAAUCAAUUUUUAAACAUUUCGACAUAAAUGGGCAAACUUUUACCUCAUUUCUCAUCAACUUUUUAACAAGUAACGAACAGUAUGCGAAUAUUGCGCAUCUCGUACUCAAUCGAAAUCCAGCAACGAUGAAUUGGAAAGUCGUUGAAAAUGGUUUAGUAGCCAAUUGGUUCGAGGAUAUGGAUGAUUCCGAAUACAAAAUCACAUACACGAAAACGGAUGAUAGCGACAAAGAAGGAAUUAUCUCGUUGUACAAGGAUAAUGAGUGUGUCAUGGCCGACGUUUAUGUUGAAUGAUACUCAUCACAACAACUCUUUUGCUUUAAUAACGUUUUUUUUAACAACACUUAUUAUUUUUUUUAUAUAUUAUAUUAUAGAGCAAACAAAAUUCAGAGCCAACUUUCAUAAAACGCAACAUUUUCUGUUCUAGUUUAAUUUAACAUCAUUGUUAUUAUUAUUAUAUUAAUAAAUAUAUAUGAUUUAUAAAUAAAUUAGUUCCAAGGGAUU